AUGGAGAGUUGUAAAUUAUCUCAGCUGAAAGUAAAAGAUACAUCAAUUACAAACAUGAAAAUGAAAGAAAUAAAAGAAUUUACAGCCAAAGAAAUUAAAGAUACAGAAGAUGAUAUUGAAGAAGAAUCAUCGGAAGAGAGUUCAUCCGAAUGACCAGGCUCAUAUGACUCUGAGUGCUCAGAUUCAGGGAACUCCUCAGAUGAGGGGUCUCGGAAAUAAGAAAGCCAAAGUUGAUGAAAAUGAGGAGAAUAUUAUAGACAACCAGUUCCACGACAUUGAGAUUUUUGAGAAAAAUGAUUCCUUACUAGAUUCUAUCAUUUCAUCGUGUGAUGAUGAAGAUGAUGAUUAUCUCUCUAAUGAUGGAGAAUCUAGCAGUGAUGAUAGCCAAUCAGACUCUGAUGAUGACUCAUCUGAAGAAAAAUAGUCCUGUUAAGAGAAAUAAAAGAUGAAGAGAAAGGUUGUAUUUGAAUCUCGCUUAUACUCAUUAUCCUGUAAUAAAGGAGGUAGGGAGAAUAUUUAAUUUCAAAAUCACCAGGAAAGAUGAUUCUGAUUGGGACUUGGUUUGGCUAGAUGGACAAUUGCCUCCAGAAAAGAUGCUCAGAAUGAAAUCCCACCAGAAAGCUAAUCAUUACCCAGGAAUGUAUGCUCUAUCAAGGAAGAAUCAUCUUGGACGAAAUCUGAUGAAAAUGAUGAAACAAUUUCCAAACGAUUAUAGAUUCUUUCCAAGAACAUGGCUUUUACCUUACGAGAUGGUUGACUUUAAAAAUAAUUUCAAUAAUAAAGGGAAAUCUCAUAAAGCCUUUAUUGUUAAGCCUGAGGCUCUAUGUCAAGGAGAGGGGAUUUUUCUUACAAAAUCUAUCAAGAAACUUAAUCCUGAAGAGCAUUGAAUUGCACAGGAUUAUAUCAGCAAACCUUAUCUAAUAGACGACUUAAAGUUUGAUCUUAGAAUAUACGUAUUAGUGUAUGGAGUUGACCCAUUGAGAAUCUAUUUAUACAAAGAAGGUAUUGUUAGGUUUGCUACAUCGCCCUAUUCAGCUCCUUCUAAGAGAAACAUGAACGAUUUGUUUAUGCAUCUCACAAAUUAUGCCAUUAAUAAGAAUAGUGAUGACUUUAUUUUCAAUGAAGAAGGUAUGGAUGAUGUUGGCCAUAAAAGGUCUUUGUCUGCUGUCUUAAAGCAGCUCGAAGAUGAAGGGAAUGAUCCAAACCUGAUCAUGAAUAGGAUCAGUGAUCUCAUAGUGAAAACAAUAAUAACAUGACAACCUUCAAUAGCCCACGCUUACAAAACUCUUCAACCAGACAAUUUAGACAACUCAAUGAUUUUUGAAAUUCUAGGAUUUGAUGUCCUUCUAGAUCAUAAAUGAAGACCUUGGCUGCUUGAAGUAAACAGCAGCCCUUCCUUUGCUACUGACACACCACUUGAUAGGAAAAUAAAGAAGGGUCUCAUUAGUGAUACAUUUCAAUUGGUAAAUCUCACAGAAGAUCGUAAAAGAAGGCACAAAAGGUACCAACAAGAUAGUUUACUCACCAGAAUGCGUACAGGAAAACAAACAAAGCUCACUCUUGAAGAAAGAGAAACUUAUAAAUAAGGAAAAAGAGCAGGAAAGAGUGAAAUAUGAACAGAAAAAUAUGGGAAAAUACAAACUCCUCUACCCUCUUAGUGAGAAAAAGAAACAGGCAUUUCUAAAUAAAAGACAGGAACAAGAGCAGAAAGAAAAAGAGCAACAGACAGAAAUUAAAGAACCCCCAAAAAGAAGUGAAAGUAGAUCGGCUAAAUCUAAGAGAAGAAGUAGUGUUAACAAAAUGUAUGCUAUAAAGAAGAAACCUGUUAAAGAGGAAGAUGGAGGAGAUAUCUACCUAAAAUACUUAAAGAAGGCUAGUGAUAUAUGGGAAGAUUUUACCACUGGAAAAUAAGAAGGUUAAAGAAGAAUCUUCUGAUGCAACACAAAGAAAAAUAAGACCAAAGAUAAGGCCUACUCAUAUGGCUAAAACAACUAAAGAUUUCCACAAAGUUGAAAAGAAACGCAUUGAACCAAAAGUAGACACUCUGAUAAGCUCCCAGCCUGCUAUAAAAACAAAAUCUAAGAAAACUGUUAUCUGUGAUGGCAGCAAUAACAAUCCUAAGAAAAUGGUACUCACAACUAAAACCAAGGAUGCUACAAUCCCUAUGUCAAAGAAAAAUAACCCGCCCAAACUUACCAAACAAACGAGUGCUAAAUAAAAUGACAUCAACGACAGCUAAAAGCAGAGUUGGGAAGAGCACUAGAUCAAAAAUGUUAAUCCAACAGAUGUCUGGAAGAAAAUAACUCAUUGAUCCCAGAAAAGAUUGGCAGGUUGAGAACAAAGACUUUCAUUGAGAGAACAAAGAACAACUUUAGUGAUCUUGAGAGAAUAAGGAAUUACCGUCUCAGUAUUGCAAAAAGACCAGAGUCUAAAAGAGCAAGAUUUGUUAUUAAUGAAGAUCAAAGUUAUGAAUCUCAACCUCGAGCGACCAAUGAUUUUGCUGAUAAUUCAAUAUCUUCCUCUAAUUGAAACCCUAUCCCACAGAAAAUGCUAAAAGGAGGAGGGUUUCAUGAGAAAAGAAUUAUUCAUAAUGCGCUGCAUAACCAUAUCAAGCCUUCUAGAAAAUAUUCUAGUAUAAAAGAUGCAAAAUAUUCUUCAAAAUAUCAUUACCUAAAGAGUAAGCCAAGCGGGCCGCCUAUUUCUAAUGUCAAUAAUAAUAUUGUGUCAAUGAUCAAAGGAAAAGGAAGGAGCCUUCUUUCUAACACCCAAAACAAGGCCAAAAAGUUUAGAAGAAACAGGAGAGAGUAUAAAAUGUCAAAUUAUCAACUUGGCCAAUUUAAUGCUGCAAAAUAUUCUGAAUACACUUAGAGGUUAUAAAUACUAAAUCUCUUUGGAUAUCUAGUACUUCUGAUCUCACAAGGGUUAAUAUCUCAA